CGCUAUUCCCUCUUCCUUUUAGCGCCCUUCAGACCGGCUACCGCUGUUUUACUGGCGGCCAAGCCUGAGCGUCGACCUUUAUCCCUGCUGCCAGUCCUUGCUGGCUGCACCCGCUUGCCCAGUUUCCCUUUGCCCUGUCAAAGCAGGAGCUGGCCACGGCCCUUCACCGAUUCUCCCGUUUCUAAUGCCGCGCGUAUAAGAAGCCGCGCGGCAGCUCCGCAGCCUGUAGAAACGUUUGUGGUCUUCCCACUUUGGCCAGUUAGGACCGAGAGUGACCUCCUUUUCGUCCUGGUUAGGAGCAGAAGCGGGUCCUUUGCCCACUGUAUAAGGCUGGAAAUAGAUGGGCGUAAAGAACCCUGUGAGUCAUCAUCCCUUGUAAGGUAGGAUUUCGUCUGCAAUUUGGUGCUACUUGAAACCCUGGAACAGGGCACCGACCGUGUAAAGGUUGCUGAGAAAAUAGGACGAUUUUUGAAGAGGACCCCUGAAAUGUGAGCCUGGGCUGGACAGACCUUAUGCUUUUUGCUGUUGAGUAGGGAAACAUUUAAAGGCAUCCAUGAACAUCUUAACCUGAAAUAAAUACACAGAGAAGCCUAGAAAAUAGUAGCAACAGGCCAUUUGACUGAAAAGAAGUGGAGCAUAGUUGCCAAGAAAACUAUGAAGUCAUCAGGAGCUGAACUUAACUCAAAAACUGAUGGAAGACAACUUUCAUAAGGGCAAGGCAUUGAUGAAGGGAAGAUCAAAUAAGUGAAAGUAAAGAUGUGGAUGUUUAUUGCUAGGAACUUGUUAAGAACAAAACUUUAUGAAGACUGUUCUCGUUUUCUGCUGCAAACGCCAAAGGGCAAGCCUAGUUAUCAAAAGUAUUUCUCAUUGAGCAGGAAGCCUUGGCUAGGUUCAGCUAGAGUAGCACAGGCAGUUCAGACCUUCAGUAUCAGCACAGCUAUCCAGAAAGUAGAAACUCUGGAAAAAAAACAGUAUAUUUGUGUUCAUUGGGAAGAUGGAAGUGAGAGCCUUUACCCUUCAGUGUGGCUACGGGACAAUUGCCAGUGCCCAGACUGUUUCUUACACUCUGCUAAAGCACGCAAACUGCUUCUGGAAAAUCUAGAUAUCAAUAUCAAGGUGAAGGAUGUCACUUUGACAGAACAGAAAAAGAAGAUAAAUAUUGUAUGGCCAGAUGACCACACCAGUGAAUUUGAAGCUGAAUGGUUGAAGAAAAGAUGUUUUUCUGACCAAGCUAGAGCAAGAACACAAGAAGAAUUAUUUUUAUCAGAACGUCAGUAUUGGGGUUCUGAUCUUGAACUCCCUACUAUGGCCUUUGAAGAGGUGUUGCAUAGUGAUGAAAGUGCAUACAAGUGGUUGGUUACCCUUAAAAAGGUGGGAAUUGUGCUGCUAACAGGAGCUGCUGUUAAACAGGGAGAAAUUCUGAAGCUUGGACAACGCAUUGGAUUCCUUCGCCUCACAUUUUAUGGGCCUACUUGGCACGUGCAAGACAAAGUGGAUGCCAACAACGUGGCGUACACAACUGAGAAGCUAAGUUUUCAUACUGAUUACCCUGUUCUGCAAUUUCCACCAGGGAUUCAGUUACUGCAUUGUAUAAAACAAACUUCUACUGGAGGGCAGAGUGAAAUUGUGGAUGGAUUUCAUGUAGCCAAUAAGUUUAAGGAGCAAAAUCCUUAUGCCUUCCAAAUCUUGACCUCUACAUUUGUGGAUUUCACAGACAUUGGAGUUGAUUACUGUGAUUUCGCUAUGCAGUCCAAACAAAGAAUUAUAGAUGUAGAUGAAAAGGGCCAAGUGGUUCGUAUCAAUUUUAACAAUGCAACCAGAGACACAAUAUUUGACAUACCUGCUGAAAAAGUAAAGCCAUUUUAUGCUGCUCUCAAGGACUAUGUUGAUCUUCUAAAUAGCGUGGAUAAUAAAUAUUCAUACAAAAUGAAGCCAGGUGAAAUAGUAGUAUUUGAUAAUUGGCGUUUACUUCAUGGUCGGCAGAGUUACCAAGCAGGAGCAGAAGUAUCCCGUCACCUUGAAGGGGCCUACGCAGACUGGGAUGUAGUAAUGUCAAGACUCCGAAUCUUACAAAAGAAUGUCCUAAGGAGACAAUGCCUUUGAAGGUUGGACUAAUGAGAACCUUUGCUGGGAUUGGAUGGUUUUUCCAUAAAGGCAAACGGACCUGAUGUAUUUCCAGUUAAUUCAGGGCAUUCCUAGAUAAGCUAGAUGUUAUCUAUCCUGUUAAAUAUGUAGAUGAUCUCUAAAACAAGGAAUAACACGGGUUCGUACUGUGAGAGCACAUAGUUUGCCCUUUCCUGCUGAUUCGAAUCUGGGCAACUCCCAAGUUUUCCAAAGAAUUGUGAGGAAUAGAGUAACAAGAACCAAGAACAGCAUGGAAGUGUUGAAAAUGUUUAGCAAGACCCUCUCUGUUUUGGAGGCCUACACAUUAUCAUUGAGGGCAGCAAAGAAAUCAAAGGUGGAAUGGGAAGUUGUCUUUGUGAAGGCCCUCCACUGAGGAGAAGUCCAUUGCUACUAGCCCUCUGGAAAUUAGGUUAUUUUCUUUCCACAGCCUUAAAAGUUAAUGGUCUGUUUGAUAUUUUCUCCUGAGCAUAUUUUGUGAUUUUUCACAAAUGAGUAUAAGCUGCCUCAUAGGCACAAGACCAAGAUAAUAAUGAACAAGAACUUCUGUUUCAGUUUUUUAAGUGGCAAUAUGUUGCUCUUUCCAUUUGUGUGCCUUAUAUACACCCACAUAUUUUGUUUUAUAAAUGAGAAAUAAAGGCUUGUGUGAAACAAGCAGAAAAUACUUUUCUUUAAAAAUAAUGAAAUCGUAGUAAAUGAAUAUAUUCAUACAUAAAAUGCAUAUCAUUGAAAUUAUAAUGAGGCUAAAUGUAUGCCUUUCACACUUCCUGAAGUUUUAUAACAUAGAAUGACAACAAAUUCUUGCAAGAAUCAAACCACCCUGCUCAACACUGAGUUUAGCACUAUCUAUGAAUUCAACUAUUCUCUUAAUCCCAGUUCUUUCCAAUGAUGUCUCCCAUAUGUAAUGUAAUAGUUUUUCAAAGGUGACUUAAAAGAACUAAGAUGAAUUCCUUUUAUGCAAGAGUAGAUCUUAGAUAAUAGUACAGAAUAUCCAGUGGAUACAAUUGCUAUUAUUAAUGUUCAUGGUGAUUUUUUUUCUCUGACUUGCAGCAGAAUAACUUUUGGCAAGUGGAUUGCCAGAGAACAGUCGAUUCUCAAGUGGGAAUGUCUAACUCCUUAUUGGACUGCCAUUUAUUCCCACAUUCACAUCUGCAGUCAUCUGCCUCCAUCAUAGUCAGCUGGAGGGUUUGCACAUGUUUAUACAGAUUAACUGAUCCACGCUGAGCUGGAUAAUUUGUCAUUAGAAGCCUGCCUACCCCCUUCAGCGUCUGCCUUUGCAUUUAGCUACAUAUAAAAUCUAUUACUUGCACGCUUUCUCUGCCUAGGGUUGAGUUUCAUUGCCUGUAUUUGCACUGUCUCUCUCAAGAAGACUGCCACCUUAAGCACUUUCCCCAAAGUAAGUUCCCUGGCAUCACUUAGUACUUACUUCUGAAUAAUCAUAAGAACCUGUUGUUUUGAAUUAUACAAAUCUACUGAUAAUCCUUCAUCUUGGAAAAGUCUACAAUAAUGCACACCAUAUCCAGAUAAUAAAUCCUGAAAUGAUUUUGAAAUGUUAAGGACUAAGACACGUAUUAGCCAUACAAAGGAUCUUGGGCUUAAUCCUUAACAUUUCAAAAAGAUUAGGUAGAAGUAUGCUCCUAUAAACAUCUGUGCUAGCAUCCUGAAAUGCUAUGGAAUAGCAUGUGGAUGGCCAUUUAUACUGUUUCUGUUCUGCAGAUAUACAUCUGGACAUUCUGUGUGAUUCAGAUACGAUUUCCAAAGCAGAUUCCAUCAACAUUCUUCUUUGUAAACCUCUCUCUGUUAUGUCACUGGUUUUAGCCUUUUAUCAAAGCAGAACAUACAUGCAGAAAAAUUAACAUUGUGAAACCCAUUUUUAUCCUGAAAAAUGUAAAAUGUUUAAAUCAAAUCUGUUCAGCUUAUGCUUGCACUGAAAACACGUAUUGCAAUAUAAACCUAUCAGCCAACAAAAAAAAGUAAGGCUGGAUUGAAAUGUUCAGGUUCAUUUGAGAAUGUAGACAAUAUUAAAUAAUUUCUUCUUAUGUUGAACAUUGGCAUCAUAUUGAAGCUCGAUAUAAUGCAACCAAAGCUAUGUAACAUAUUACAAAUAUUGACUUCUAACUUAUGCUUGAUUUCCAAAUAUUUCUCUUUUUCCAUAUAGACAGUCUAAUGUGUAUGUAUUAAAAUAAAAACCCAACACUCUUAUUCAUGUAAAUGCAGAUUAUACUGAGAUAGUGUUUUCUGAAACUGAAACCAAAAUCCUCAGAUUCAGUUCAUUCACUUAAUUUUGGACAUAAUGUUUCACCUUUAACCUUCCCUCAGACUUUCUAAAAAUCACUUUGUUUUAUGUAUUUAUGCAUCAAUAAAAUCUAGUUUGGG